AUGAAGAAGAAACAGUAAGACAGAGCACUAACCAAUUACCUAGGAAACGCACGUUCACUCUCACACGCUCUCUCUCUCACACACACAUCUCUCCCUCUUCCGCUGUUCUCUUUCAUAUUCAGAGCAUUCCUCUCUUUCUCCCUCUUACUUCUCCUUCAUCUCCCUCUUGUAGUCUUUUUAUUUCAGUCUCUCUGCACUCCGUGUUUCCAUCUCUCUCCUCACAUGUUUCUCUCUCUAACGGUGGACUGAUAUGCACACAGCUUUGUAUUCUCCGCCGUGAAUAAAUGGGGUGCAUGUUCUCUCACCUCGCCGCCAAGUUCGCCUUUUUCCCUCCUUCUCCUCCCACCUACCACCUUACCAAAAACCCCGAUGGAAAACUCUCCGCCGUCUCCGCUUCCUCCUCCUCCACUUUUCCCGCCGCCGGAGACUCAUCUAUCGACGUUAGAGUGGUGAAGACGAGACGCGGAAACAAAGUGGCAGCUUUCUACCUGAGAAACCCAAACGCGAGGCUCACACUUCUCUAUUCACAUGGAAAUGCUGCAGAUUUGGGACAACUCGUUGAUCUCUUCGUUCAACUCAAAGUCAAUCUCCGAGUUAAUCUUAUGGGGUAUGACUAUUCGGGCUACGGAGCCUCUACCGGUAAGCCGAGUGAGUAUGAUACAUAUGCGGAUAUAGAGGCGGUUUACGAGUGUUUGCAGACCGAAUAUGGUGUUGGACAAGAAGAUCUGAUUUUGUAUGGUCAAUCCGUUGGUAGUGGACCGACGCUGCACCUUGCCUCUAAGCUUCCUCGGCUUAGAGGUGUGGUUCUUCAUAGCGGCAUUCUCUCUGGUCUUCGUGUUCUAUGUCAUGUCAAGUUCAAGUUUUGUUGUGAUAUUUAUCCGAACGUAAAAAAGAUCAAGAAGGUCAAAUGCCCGGUUCUUGUCAUACACGGAACAGAAGAUGAUGUUGUAAACUGGCUGCACGGAAACAGGCUAUGGAAAAUGGCGAAAGAACCAUACGAACCGCUUUGGAUUAAAGGUGGUGGACAUUGCAACCUCGAGAUCUAUCCGGACUACAUUAGACAUCUCUAUCGGUUUAUACAAGACAUGGAGAAUACAACCACUAAGUCUCGUCUCAAGAAGAUUUGGCAAGAGAUCCGUAGGCGAGAUGAAUCCAAAGGAUGUUGUAGUUUCAAACUAUGUAGACCAAAAUGCCCUUCGUGUCCCAAACCUAGUUGCGAUUGCGGUGAAUGCGGUUGUUGCAAGUGUGAGUGUCUGUCUUUGAAAGGAUGUUUCUCUUGCUGUAAGAAACCGAGCUGUGUUGGUUGUUGCUGUCCCAAGUUCAAAUGCUGCAACUGCUUUGGGAAGCCUACGUAUCCGAAAUGCUCUUGUUGGAAAUGUCUAAAGUGCUCCGAGUCCGAGUGUUGUCGGAGUUGUUGCUGUGCCGGUUGCUUUAGCUGGCUCUGUUGUUGCGGCGGAGGGAAGAGGAAGGAGUUAAAGACGAGAGGAGGAGAAACUACGGUGGCCAAGCGUGAAGGGUAAUAUUGGUAUUUCGAUAUUUUUGUAUAGAUUCUGUUCAAAGAUUCGGUACAACACAUUUAUGGGAAGAGACUGAGUUUUCAGGCGAAAAGUUCUAUUAUCAUAUUGAGAAACAAAAUAUUUCAUGAGGAAAAAGUUGAUAAAAU